GACGGACCCGCCGCCAGGUCCUCGUCGGUCGAUCCUCCAUGAUGCAGUCGCAGCUCAUGCGGGAGAAGCUGCUUCAGUGGCAGGAGCGAGAGAAGCAAUGGCGGGAGCAGAAACACCGGGCCUUGAAGCCAGUAGCCGAUAUCCCCACCGCGAACGCCGGCCCAGCGCCAAGUGCCGGACCAGCCAUGACCAUGACGAGCAGCUUCCUCGGAAGAAGCAUCGCCAACAAGGAAAACGGUGGUCUCGAGCUUCUAACCUCCAAGAAGCGGCGGCUCACAGCUCUUCUUGGCCCGCCCGCUAGAGCCGAACGCGACCUCCACGAGAUGACCAUGAAGCGGCCCAAACCCGCCUCGCCCUUCAAGAAAGAGGCAACGACGUCGUUCGACAUCAAGGUCGAGCGACCAACGGACGACAUGGCUUCGUACAUGGCCCAGAUGCAGGCGCUGACAAACCAGCUUGCGACAGCAGUUGCCCAGGCUACUGCAAGCCCAUCUCCGCGGGAACGGGAGCUGCAGCGAGAAGUCGAGACGCUUCGAGCUGCCCACGAGGCUGAACUGGCGCGUCUCGCCGCAACUGCCAAGGAACAAGCAGCCGCCAUCGCAGCCGUGCAGGAGGAAAAGCACGCGCUCCUCCAAGCCAAGUACAAGGAGCUGGCUGUCAAACACACUGCGAUCAAGGAAUUUCUGGACGACGCGCAUGGCGAUGCUGGCGCGUCCGUGAUGCCCAUUUUCAAUGACUUUGAAGCCAAGCUCUUGGAGGCCGACGGCGACGGCGAGCUUAGCGAGCUCUGCGUCCAGCUCAAGCGCGAGAUACGCAAGUGCGUUGUCGUCGCAAAAGCCCGCGAGGAAGACAAGCACGAGCUUCUCUUCUCCAACCAAGUGUACCUGCAGCAGAUCAACGAGCUCCAGCAAAAGCUGAUUGCGACCCAGCGAGAGAACGCGGCUCUCCAGCACAAGGUCGACGAGAGCGCCAAGAAGAACCAAGAGCUCCUCGACGACGUCGAGCAGCUCAACUCGACGGUCGUGCCCGCCUUGGAGAAGGCGAUGAUGCAAAACCACGCACUCAAGACGCAGCUGCACGCCCUCAAGACGCACACCUCGUCUUCCCGCUAG